AAAGUGAAAGUACACAGUUGUCUGUGUUGCUGCACUUUCCUGACACACACGUUAUCUGUCCUCGUCUCGUCCUCGUCAUGUCUCACUCUGAUCUGUGUCUGGAGGCUCUGUCUGCGCUGUCCUCGUGUCACGUGGUGUCCACCUCUGGACCGUCACUCUUCACUCCACAGGACUUUGUCAACGUCGUGGCCCUGAAGGAGUUUUACAAGCAGGAGGGUUUUAAAGAGCUGGAGUACCCGGGCCUGGGCACCAUGAGCCUGGACCAGGACCUGGACCAGGACCUGGACCUGUACAGCCCCCCACCAGCACUGUGUGAAAGUCCUGGACCACAAGAGAGUCUCCAAAAAACUAUCAAGAUCAACUUUAAAGAAUUCUUUCACCCAAACUACGACUAUGACUUCACCAACAUCAGGGACGGAGACACAGAGUUCCUGCGUGGUAACGAGCGCUAUGUCCGUCCCUGCGGGUGGAGACGCGUCGCCCUGCGAGUGGUGCAGAUGUACGACAACGACAGCUGGCUGGGGACGGGUAAAGAGGCGUGGCCCGUGUCUUACCACGCCCACCACAUGGACGGGUCCCUCGGUGUCAUCCUGACCCACGGUGGGAAACCUGACCACCAGCCGGAGUUCCUGGAAUUGGCGGCGGCGGCGCUUCAGCACGGCGGGAACACGCAGGGCAGAGGCGUGUACUCCACGCCCGACAUCAAGAUGGCCGACAAAUACUGCAAGACAUUCAAGUCUAAAGUGGACGGUAAGACGUACAAGGUGGUCCUUCAGAACCGCAUCAACCCGGAGAAGAGGAUCCACUGUCAGAGAGACGACGUGUGGUUGGUCUACAUCCCUGAAGGUUCUAACCCCGUCCAGACCAGGGUCCUUGUCCAGGACUCACUGAGACCGUACGGCCUGCUCCUGAAACAGCUGUAGAGACAGGACACGCCCACCCAUCAAACAACUUCCUGUUUGUUUUCUGAUGGAUGAGGAACUUCCUGUGAUGAAUACAAGUAGGUUUAAUAAAAACAGGAAAUAACUCA